AUGAUGCGGGCGCAACUCGCGCUCAUGGCAGACCGGCCUAAAGACUGUCCGCCAUGUUUCAACUGCCUCUUGCCCGCUUUCACCUGCGGCCAAUACGCCGAAUGUAGUGAAUACGAUGGUACUUGCAAAUGCCCCGAGGGAUUUGCUGGCAUCGACUGCCUCGAACCCUUGUGCGGUUCGCUUGCGCAAGGCCGAGACCGACCCAUGCGCGACGGACCGACUUGCGAUUGUGAACCUGGCUGGACCGGUCUUAACUGCAAUGUCUGCACCGAAGAUAAGGCCUGCGACGCCUUGAUGAAGACUGGCGAAGGCGGUGUCUGCUACCAGAUGGGUGAGGUCGUCAAGCACAACUACCAAAUGUGCGAUGUGACGAAUAAACAAAUUCGCAACCUACUCGGCGAUCAAGUCCCCCAGGUCACCUUCACUUGCAAGAAGGAGGACGGCGACUGCGACUUUCAAUUCUGGGUUGAUAACCGCGAAUCAUUCUAUUGCCAUCUUGAUGAGUGCGAGUCCAGCGCCUCGUUCGAUGAAUACGCCAACAAGACGAGCUAUGAGUGCAAGAAGAUCGAGUGCAGUUGCAUACCGGAUCGCAUGCUCUGUGGAGAGAAUGGAUCUGUUGAUCUUACCGACUUCCUCGACCAAGAGAUCAAAGGCCCUGCUACCUUCAAAUGUGACCAGGAGGCCGGGGGGGUUAAUAAUUGCGCCUUCAAAGAGCCGAACAUGGAUGAACUCAUCAGCGACAUGUUUGGUGACCAGAGCAUCUUCUUGACCUGCCGUUCUGGAGAAUGUCUGUACAACACCGAGGUUCCUGGCUACGAACGUCCGAUCCCCAAGAUUAAUACUCCUCUCAUCGCUGGCGUCAUCGCUGGGUGCUCGCUCUUCCUCGUUGCCGUCAUCCUGGUUGUCUGGUAUCUUUCUCGACGACAAUUUAAGUAUGGCGCCAUCCAUCUGGAUGAUUCAGACGACGAGGGUCUCAAGCUCAUGGCUGAUCACAAACCUGCCUCACUCUUCUUUGAGAACGUUUCCUACCGCCUCAACGGCAAGCAGAUCCUCUCUGGCAUUCAAGGUCUGGCACGGCCUGGCGAGGUCACGGCGAUCAUGGGAGCCUCUGGCGCCGGUAAAACCACCUUCCUCGACAUCCUUGCUCGCAAGAACAAGCGUGGCGCUAUUGGCGGUGAUUUCUACGUCAAUGGUGAGAAGGUCAACGAUACCGACUACAAAAACGUGGUUGGGUUUGUCGACCAGGAAGACACCAUGUUGCCCACCUUGACCGUCCACGAGACCAUUCUCAACAGUGCUCUCCUUCGCCUUCCUCGCGAUAUGGGCCGAGCCGCCAAGGAGCAGCGAGUUUUUGAAGUCGAGAAGCAGCUGGGUAUCCACCAUAUUCGAGACUCGCUUAUUGGUUCGGAGGAAGGCCGUGGCCGUGGCAUCUCUGGAGGAGAGAAGCGAAGGGUCGGUAUUGCUUGCGAGCUAGUUACCAGCCCCUCCAUUCUCUUCCUUGACGAGCCUACCAGCGGCCUCGAUGCCUACAAUGCCUAUAACGUUAUCGAGUGUCUUGUUACGCUCGCCAAGACGUACAAGCGAACCGUCAUCUUCACCAUUCAUCAGCCAAGGUCCAAUAUCGUGGCCCUCUUUGAUAGGCUCGUCCUCCUCGCUCGGGGAGAGACGGUCUAUUCUGGUCCGUUCGCCCAGUGUCAAGACUAUUUCGACCAAAUCGGCUAUGCCUGUCCCCCAGGCUUCAACAUCGCUGAUUACCUCGUCGAUCUCACUAUGCACGCUGGAAACGUUGCCUCGUUUGAUGACGGAACGGUUGCCCCCGAUGCUGCCAGUGUUGGCCCGAGUAGUACUAGGGCUGUCAAGUCGAUCGCAAGCGUAAGCAUCGGAGAGGAAAGCGGUGUGGAAGGUUCUUCAUCCUCUAGGCCAAAGCCGAGUCGACGGGACUCUGUCAAGGCGCGUCAAGAGCGCGAGCUCUUCACGCGGCGCAAGAACACCGUCGAUACUGCUUCUUACUCGUCCGGCACAGAGGAAGAGAUUGGUGCAUACAAGUUGUCCGCGCAGACCCCAGGCGUAGUGCCGCCGCAGAUCCUUGAGGAUCCUGAUGACACACCCCCUGCUGCUAUCUCGGGUACCGACCUGGACAUCCUGGUGUCCUCCUUCAACCAGUCCGACAUCGCUUCCAGCACGCAUGACGAGAUCCAGCAAGCCAUCGCCGCUGCGGAGAGCGCGAAUGGACGAAAUGCUAACGGCUAUUCUGCUGAUGGACCCAACGUUCACGUCAGCGUGGUUGGCAAGGGCUACGCUCGUGUCGGCUACCUUCGCCAAUUCAUCAUCUUGUCCCAGCGGACCUGGAAGAACCUGUACCGAAAUCCAAUGUUGAUGCUGACUCAUUACGCUAUCGCCAUCCUUCUGGCGGUCCUCUCUGGCUUCCUCUUCUACGGUCUGACCGACGACAUCCCUGGUUUCCAGAACAGGCUGGGCCUCUUCUUUUUCGUCUUGGCUCUUUUUGGCUUUAGCACCCUCACGAGUCUCACAGUCUUCUCCAGCGAGCGCCUUCUCUUCACCCGCGAGAGGGCCAACGGAUACUAUGCACCUAUCACGUACUUCGCAGCCAAGGUCCUCUUCGACAUCAUUCCGCUGCGAAUCAUUCCUCCAAUCUUGAUGGGUGCCAUCCUGUACCCCAUGACCGGUCUUGUGGCUGACUACGAGCAUUUCUUCACUUUCAUUUCGGUCCUUGUCCUGUUCAAUCUCGCGGCCGCAGCUAUCUGCCUCUUUAUCGGCAUCGUCUGCAAAGACGGCGGUGUUGCCAACCUCAUUGGCAGCCUCGUCAUGCUCUUCAGCCUGCUCUUCGCCGGUCUUCUGCUGAAUCACAACAAGAUCCCGCCUACUGCGGUAUGGCUGCAGUGGCUGUCGAUCUUCCACUACGCGUUCGAAGCUCUGAUUGUCAACGAGGUCCGCUACCUUACACUGACGGACCAAAAGUACGGACUGGACAUCUCGGUACCAGGGUCCGCCAUUCUGAGUUCCUUCGGCUUUGACAACGGUGCUCUGUGGCCUGACGUCAGAAACCUGGGCAUCUUUGGUGUGGUCUUCAUCAUCUUAGCCUACGGAGCUAUGCAUAUUCUUUUGGUCGAGAAGAGAUAA